AACCAAGACGUUGACUAGACUUGAGCACCAUAAUACCUCAAAUUUUCAUCACCACAUGUGCAUCACGUUCAGCAUUUAGCAAGAGAUUUAGAGUUGUGAUACAGUUUGCAAAACAAGAGAAGAAAUGGCCUUGGCUAUGGUGGGAGAGGUACUUAUCUCUGCUUCUGUGCAGAUCUUGUUAGAUAGAGUAACUUCUACAGAGUUUCGAGAUUUCUUUGCCAGUAGGAAGCUCAGUGUUUCUCUGUUAGAUGAGCUGAGGAUUAACCUGCUGGCACUUAAUGCUGUGCUCAAUGAUGCUGAGGAGAAGCAGAUCACUGAUCCUAAUGUGAAGGAAUGGCUUGAUGAGUUGAAAGAUGCUGUCUUGGAUGCAGAAGAUUUGUUGGAUGAAAUCAACACUGAAUCUUUGAGAUGCAAGGUGGAGGGAGAAUCUAAAAGCUUUACUACCCAGGUGAGAUCAUUAUUUUCUUCCUCCUUUAAUCAAUUCUACAAGAGUAUGAAUUCCAAACUUGAAGCAAUAUCUGUAAGGCUAGAACAUUUUGUGAAACAGAAGGAUAUUCUUUGUUUGCAAAGUGUUUCUAAGAGAGUCUCUUAUACCAAAAUUACAGAUUCGUUGGUUGACCCUGUUGUGGUCGCUAGAGAGGAUGACAAAGACAAGUUACUGAAAAUGCUUCUAUCUGAUGAUGAUGAGAGUAAUAGUAAUAUAGAAGUAAUGACAAUAUGGGGCAUGGGGGGUUUGGGCAAAACAACCCUUGCUCAAUACCUCUAUAAUGACAACAAAGUGCAUGAAUAUUUUGAUUUGAAGGCUUGGGCAUGGGUGUCUGAUGAUUUUGAUGUUUCAAGGGUAACGAAGAAAAUUAUUGAGUCUAUCACAUCUAAAGAUUGUAAUAUUACAAAUCUAGAUGUUCUUCGCGUUGAACUAAAGAACAACUUAAAAGAUAAGAAGUUUUUGCUUGUGCUUGAUGACCUUUGGAAUGAUAAGUAUAACGACUGGCAUCACCUAACAGCUCCUUUCAGUAGUGGGAAAAAGGGAAGUAAGAUCAUUGUGACAACCCGACAACAGAGAGUUGCACAUAUCACACAUACACUUCACAUUCAUGAGCUGAAGAAUCUAACCGAUGAAAAUUGUUGGCAAAUACUGGCAACUCAUGCAUUCGGAAACGAAGGUUAUGACAAAUAUCCGCACCUUGAAGAAAUUGGUAGAAAAAUUUCAAGAAAAUGCAAUGGCCUACCAUUAGCUGCUAAAACUUUGGGAGGUCUUCUGCGAUCUAAAGUUGAUGCAGAGGAAUGGAACAGAAUUGAGAACAGUAACUUAUGGGCACAUGACGAUGUUUUACCAGCUUUACGCAUAAGUUAUCUUCAUCUUCCAGCCCAAUUGAAAAGAUGUUUUGCCUAUUGUUCAAUUUUUCCAAAACAGUAUUUGUUGGAUAGGAAGGAGUUAAUUUUGUUAUGGAUGGGUGAAGGCUUUCUGCAACAAUCCAAAGGAGGUCAAGCAAUGGAAUCCAUAUUCAAUGAAUUAUUAUCGAGAUCCUUGAUUGAAAAAGACAAAGCUGAAACAGAGGAAAAAUUUCGAAUGCAUGACCUCAUUUAUGAUUUGGCUAGACUUGUAUCUGGAAGAAGUUCUUGCUACUUUGAAGACGGUGAAAUCCCAGGAACUGCUCGCCAUCUAUCAUUUCUUAGACAGUAUUAUGACAUUUCUAAAAGAUUUCAGGGCUUGUAUGACCUAAAGUUUUUGCGCACCUUUAUACCGCGAUCUCUAUAUCGUCGUGAAUGUUACUUGACCAAAUCAGUGUUGCAUGGUUGGUUGCCAAAACUAAGUUGUCUGAGAAUACUGUCACUUUGUGGAUACAAAAAUAUCGUUGAGCUGCCUGAUUCAAUGGGCAUCUUGGUGCUUCUGCGGUAUCUUGACCUUUCCUCUACUUCUAUCAAAAGGUUGCCCCAUGCAACCUUCAAGCUUUACAAUUUACAGACUUUGAAAUUGUCAAAUUGUAAAUAUCUUGUUGAGCUACCAGCACAGAUAGGAAAUUUGGUCAAUUUACGACACCUUGAUAUCAGUGACACAAAUUUAACGGAGAUGCCAACACAGAUAUGCAGACUGCAAGAUCUCUGUACAUUGACUUCCUUCGUUUUAGGCAAAGAAGAUGGGUUAAGGAUCAGUGAAUUAAGAAAAUUUCCCUAUCUGCAGGGUAAGCUUUCCAUUCUGAAGCUGCACAAUGUUUUUGAUCCUAGGGAUGCAUUUCAAGCCAACUUAAAGAACAAAGAGCAGAUUGAGGAGCUUAUGCUGGAGGGGGACAGAGACCCACAAGAUUCACAAGUUGAGAAGGAUGUACUUGACAACCUGCAACCAUCGACGAUGUUAAAGAAACUGAGCAUCAGAUACUACAAUGGCACAAGUUUCUCAAAUUGGCUGGGUGACUCUUCAUACCGUAAUAUUCAAGUCCUGUGUAUCAGUGACUGCAACUAUUGCCUGUCACUUCCACCGUUUGGACAAUUACCUUCUCUUAAAGAGCUUGUCAUUAAAAGGAUGAAAAUGGUGAGGACAGUUGGUCAAGAGUUCUACUGCAGCAGUGCAAGCUCCCAAUCUUUCGAGCCAUUUCCAUUGUUGGAAAGUCUUGAGUUUAAAGAGAUGUCAGAGUGGGAGGAGUGGCUACCAUUUGAAGGUGAAGGUAGCAAGUUUCCUUUUCCGUGCCUGAAGCGUUUGCAUUUAUCCGAAUGUCCCUUGUUGAGAGGAAACUUGCCCAGUCGUCUACCUUCGUUGGAAGUGGUUGAUAUAGCAGGGUGCAACCAGCUGGAGGCAAAAUCAUGCGAUGUGCAGUGGAAUACAUCAAUUGAAGUGAUGAGUGUUAGAGAAGGGGGAGAGGGGUUGUUGUCUUUGCUUGACAACUUGUCUUGUCGUCAACUAUCAAUUGUAAAGUGUGACAGCUUGCAGUGUUUGCCAAGAAUGAUUCUCAAUGCCAAUUGUCUUCAACGCUUGAAUCUUUCAGAUAUCAAGUCUUCGAUUUCCCUCACAACUGAUGGUUUGCCCACGUCAUUGCAAUCACUUGACAUCUCUAACUGUGAGAAGUUAGAAUUUGUGUGUGAUGAAAGAUGGCACAAAUACACAUCACUUGAAUACCUGGUAAUCACGGAGAGUUGUGAUUCGCUCAUGUCCUUUCCGUUAGAUUGCUUCCCAGCUGUUCGAGGCCUUCAGUUCUAUGACUGUCCCAACUUGGAAGCAAUUACUGAUAAAGGUGGAAGGGCCUCUCCUAAUUUAUUAAAGCAUUUAAAUGUCGUUCAUUGUAAGAAACUUAGGUCACUUCCAGAAGAGAUGGAUCUUCCUGCCCUUCGAUACUUGUGGCUUCAUGAUCUUCCGGAGUUAGCGUCAUUGUCCCCAAGGUGGUUGCCUUCCAGUCUACAAUAUCUUGAUGUCAAUGCUGGAAUAUUAUCAUGUAUGUCUAGACAAGAGUUAGUUUGCCGAUUCCAACGCCUCACUUCUCUGUCACGUCUUGAUCUCAAUGGGAGUGGUUUGGGGAUGAAGAAGUGGUAAACACCUUGCUGAGGGAGCCAUCACUGCCCACUUCUCUCACGUAUCUACGGCUGUGUAAAUUUGAUGGUUUAAGGCGGUUGGAAGGGAAAGGGCUUCAACAUCUCACUUCUCUGAAAAAGCUUCGGAUCUCCGAAUGUGGAAGCCUCGAGUCAUUGCCAGAGGAACAACUGCCAUCGUCUCUCGAAGUACUGAGGAUAAGGAAGUGUCGAUUGCUAGAAGAAAGGUAUGGAAAAGAGAAAGGGAAACACUUGACAAAGAUUGCUCACAUUCCUGUCGUAGAAAUAAACGAUAAAGUCAUAAUAAUAUGA